AUGAGAUUCUCGACCAACGUGGAGGAAGUGUUACGUGAAGUAUGCUUAAUGGAACUGGUGACCUCCACCUUGACCAUAUGCUUGCUCGAGUACUAUUGCAUGACGGAGUGGGAAAAUAGCGACGCCGUGGCGAUCUUGACGUAUUUCAUUCUCUUGGUAGCCUUCUCAUUCAACAUUCUGAUAUUUUGUUAUAUCGGCGAGCUCCUCGUGGAUCAGUACAGCAAAAUUAGCUCGGCCGCGUACGAUGUCAAUUGGUAUGAUUUAUCCGGAACUAAAGCUGUUGAUCUAGUAAUGAUUAUCACAAUGUCGCAUUACCCACCCAAACUUACAGCUGGCAAAUUUGUCGAUUUGUCUAUAAAUACCUUCGGAGUUGUACUUAAAACGUCCGUAGUGUAUUUAAAUUUACUGCGGACAGUUACAGAAUAA